AUGGAUCUCGGCCCGCCGGAGAUCGUCUCCUUUGUCCACUGCAACGUUACAAGUGAUUCUGACCUUGAGAAUGCCGUUGAUACAGCGGUGUCAAGGUACGGCCAGCUAGACAUCAUGUACAACAACGCUGGAAUCGGAGGUAACCUCGACACCACCAUCUUAAACUCGGACAACGCCGACUUCAAGAAGGUGCUUGAAAUCAACCUCUUCGGAUCCUUCCUCGGAGCCAAACACGCCGCCAGGGUUAUGAUUCCCGCAAGGAAAGGUUGCAUCUUGUUCACCGGCAGCGUUGCCGCUUCUAUAAGUGGCGACUUGUCUUACGCAUACAAGGCUUCCAAGCAUGCUAUUUUGGGGCUCAACAACAACUUGACCGUGGAGCUGGGCAAGUACGGCAUCAGGGUCAACACCACUUCUCCCUAUGGAGUGGCCACUCCCAUGGUCACAAGCGGCAUGCAAAUGGACAAGAAGGCUGCUGAGGAAUUCAUGUCCGCCGCUGGAAACUUGAGAGGGGCUAUCCUCGAACCCGAGGAUGUUGCUCGGGCUGCCUUUGUUGUUUAG